AUGGAUCUUGUGCAAUCUCCAGACCUUGACGAGGCGUUGAAGAAGCCGCUCGUGGACCUCGACGCGGUGGAGAGCGGCGCCGACCCCGAACACGGUGCCGCCAACACAUUUACAGAUGAAGCAUUGAAGGAUCUAGCGUCGCCUUCCCAUGACGGAGAGGAAGAGAGCGAUGAGGACGAGUGGGAGACGGACUCUCUCUACGAAGAAGCACUGCACUUUGUUCGCGACGAUCAGCUUUCAUCAGUGCCGGACUCGUGUACACCGCAGGAAGCCGCUGCCUAUCGCAAGCGCUUGCAUGAGAUUGGAAAGGUUGAAUUUGUGGAAGAGACGAUCGGGAAAAAUACAAUCACCGCGAAGAAGCUCCUCACGGCUUUUGGCAUUGUCCCACCUUCGUUCCUCGAAGAUGCCCCUGACGAUGCGUAUCACCCAUUGCUAGGCAUUGUAAUUUCGCGAGAAUUUGCGAAGCGGCAGAAACUGGAAGAGUACAAUACAAUUCAGGAUGCGGUGGAAUUGCUUGAGAAAUCAAAGAAUAUCAUCGUCAUCACUGGCGCCGGAAUAUCUACCAGUCUCGGUAUCCCCGACUUUCGUUCCAAGGACACCGGUCUGUACUCACGGUUGGAACACUUGGGGCUGAGUGAUCCGCAGGAAGUCUUUGAUAUCCAACUCUUUUAUGAGGACCCGAGUAUUUUCUUCUCAGUUGCCAAAGAUAUACUUCCCACUGAGAAGAAAUUCUCCCCAACACACGCCUUUAUCAAACUUUUACAAGACAAAGGCAAGCUGUUGACGAAUUAUACUCAAAAUAUCGACAACAUCGAGGCCAACGCGGGUGUUAGCCGUGAGAAAAUUGUGCAAUGCCACGGUUCUUUUGCAACGGCAACAUGCACCAAGUGCGCUUUCAACGUUCCCGGCGACGCCAUUUUCGAUACAAUCAAAGCGGGCAAUAUCCCAGAGUGCAAAGCGUGCAAAGAGCGCCUUGCUCUUCAGCCACAGGGAAUGAAGCGGAAGCGGAGUUCGAAUGGUUCGCAUCCGAAUCGAAAGAAGGGUUUUCUCGGAGACGAUUCGGAAGAAGACGACUAUGACAUUCCCACUCCGGGCGUUAUGAAGCCGGAUAUUACAUUUUUUGGAGAAGACCUUCCUGAUGAGUUUGGGCGUCGUCUGGUUCAAGAAGAUCGAGAGCUCGCAGACUUGGUCAUUGUGAUUGGGACGUCUAUGAAGGUGGCGCCUGUGGCGGAUGUUCCCAGUCUUAUCCCAAGCACGGUGCCUCAGAUUUACAUAUCCCGCACGGCAAGUAUUCCAUACUGGUACAAAUAUAUCCACUCAGCUAACAGUAAGCAGCCUGUGUCACACAUUGGCUUUGACAUUGAUUUGCUGGGAGAUUGCGACGUGGUCGUCUCCGAGCUCUGUCGUAAAUCAGGAUGGGAUUUGCAGCACAGCAUGAUACCCAAGGACCAGAAUGUUGACGUCAUUAAAGAAGAAGGUUAUGAAUCGCGAUACACCUUUCGAGUCAUUCACCUUGUUUUAACAAGGUUUCUAAAUGUGAAAUCGAACAUGGAGUAUGUAAUUCGGUUUGCGCAGAUCCACGAAAGCUUUCGGCGCGCGGAGAUUGAAGCUCUCGCGACGCUUGUCGGGGUCGACGUUGAAUUUGUUUGGUAUGACAACUACUCGCCAUUUUGCGUGGCAAAAUUCCCAGAUGGCGAAGCAGCCCGCAAAGUAGUCUCACGAAGCAUUCUCGCUCAAGAUGUCUACGAACUCUGGGGCCGCGGAGUCAGCCAUGCAGAGCUUUUGGCCGACAUCAAGUCUAGAACUGAGUCGCGGUGGAAGGACUACGAACGUGUGUCUGUGCACAUGGUCUUCGACAGUUUCAGUCGCAAGAGAUCUCAAGCAGAGAAAAUGAAGCUUUUCCAGACUUUCUUCGAGUACGUGGGACUCAAGGGACCUAUUGACAUGCAUAAUGCCCAAGAAGAAUUCGCCAUCUUCGAGGACUAUGUAAGCUCAAAAGAGGCGAGCGAUCUGAGAAAGGGUGCUGGUGCUGUCCAAGAAGAAGCUUCUGAAUCUGCACACCAAGGAGUGGGAGAUACACCCCUAAAGAUGGCCCUUUUCGGCCGCUGGAUAUGUCGAAGCAACCGUGACACAAUUAGAAAAUACGAUCUCAAGAAGAGAAAGUACAUUGCCACCACAUCCAUGGACGCAGAGCUAUCGUUGGUCACCGCCAAUAUGGCCCUCGCCGCCCCUGGAAAGAUAUUCUUUGACCCUUUUGUGGGAACUGGUAGCUUCCUGCUCGCAGCAGCUCACUUUGGAGCCAUGACGCUUGGAUCCGAUAUCGACGGCAGAAGUUUUAAAGGGAAACAGCCAAUUACAAAAGAAAGCCCUGCCGGUCUUUCCUCGAAUUUCGCUCAGUACGGUACCGAAAGCAAAUUUUUAAAUGCUUUCACAUCGGAUCUCACAAACACCCCUAUACGGCAAGUCCCUUUCCUGGACGGUAUUGUAUGUGAUCCGCCAUACGGGAUACGCGAAGGACUAAAAGUUCUAGGAGCAAGGGAAGGGCGAUCAACAGAGCCGAUGUUCAUUGACGGAAAGCCAGCCCAUACCCAACCGGGUUUCAUAGUGCCUAAGAAGCCAUAUGGCUUCGUGCGGAUGCAGCAGGACAUACUAUGUUUCGCUGCUCGGACAUUAGUCGAAGGAGGGCGAAUAGCAAUGUGGAUGCCCACGUCAGACGACCAGGAGAUUGAAUUGAUGAUUCCAACAACUCCGUCACUGGAAAUCGUCAAUGUGAGCGUUCAGCAGUUCAAGGGCUGGGCACGCCGCCUUCUCACGUAUCGGAAACUGCCCGAGGGAGAAGUAUCACUGGAUACGAGGAUACACCGCGCGACAGAUGAUGCACAAGGCGUGACGGCUGAUGACUUGAACGAAUUCAGACGAAAGUAUUUUAUGCCGAAUAAAGAAAAGCUCAAAAAGCCCAAAAAGCCCGAGACUUAG